AUUACAAAUUAAUCCAGCAGAAAAGUGGCCAUUUUUUACUUAACCCGACAUUGAGUUUAACAAUGAGUAAGGUGAUUAUAGAAGAGAUCGAGUUUCUGUCCGGAUAUGAAGACGAAGACGCCUCGUCUCCAUGGGAGCCAACCGAAAAUAAACAAACUGACAUGGAAUCUCAGGUUACCCACUCCAAGGGCUUGGCGAAAGUUGUUGCUGUCGCGGCCAUCUUGUUUCUCGUGCUGUGUGUUGGGCUGGUGGGCGUUUCCCUAAGAAUGUCUGAAGACAUUGACAGUAAAGUGAGGAAUUCCAACGAAAUGCUUCAGCGAUACAACGAACAGAUGUCCGACCAAGAGACCGCUUCCUUCAUGAAUACGACAACUCCUUCUUGAUCUGAAACACAGCCACGAGAAUAAACACAGGACCUCAAUAUACUUUGGAAUACUGCGUUUCCAGAUUUUACAGAAAGCACGAUGUUCAAUCCAUGCAUGGUGUUUGUAUUAUUCUAUGCAUAUAUCGAGUAUAUUUAACAAUGUGCCACUUAUAUACACCCACAUGA